AUAUACAAGAUACUGGAGAGAGCAUAAACGCUUUAACAGGCAGACAGACGCAUAUCUCGACACCUGGAGACAUGAGUUUGGAGACAUACCGCUUUAGCGGCAUCAGUGGGGAGAACGAGGGCUUCGUGCAGGGCUCCGGUGAGGAUGACAGCACGUACACACAGGAAGCAGACAGGCUAAGCGGUGAGCUGACCGGACAAGAGACCCUAAUCCCAACCUCGUCAUCAAGUGAGGGAGAAGAAGCGCGACCGACGAAGGCGCCCAAGGCUCCGGAACGAAGACGAGAUGGUGCAAACAUCAAUGUACCAGUGGGUUAAGCGUGGAUGAACGCCUAUUGUAAUGGCGCUUGUUGUCAAUGCAGUAUGCUGAACCACCCAUGCGACCAGAGACGCGCUUGAGGAUAAGGACCA